GUCUUUUUGCUAUAAACUCAAACACGAAUGCAUCAAUCUUCUAGCGUGAUUCUCGAGGAAUGUUUUAGUACAUAAUGUGUAAAGUUUUUGUAAUGGUAGUAAUGACGCCACUAUGUGCAGCAGUGCUUACUGCCUCUAACAGCGUGCGUCGCUCGACUGCGACAGAGUGAUCGUGUUCGAUCAUUAUCUCCGCAAGUAACGAGAUGAAGCUGUGACGUGCCGCCGCGGCAUAAUGACUACAGCUGCAGUUUAUUGUCUAGUUACACAAAGUUGAAUAUUAUCUCAGUACCAUAUAAAUUCAUUUUCUUUUAAGUCAAAGUCAAAUCAUUUAUUUCAUAAAGGCCUUUACAAGCACUUCUGAACGUCAAAGUCAAGUCAUUCUGAAAAUAAUACGAAACUUCAUAAAUCCAACAGAUUGUUGCGUGAAGAUUGUUUUAUUUCAGAGCAGACCCUGAAGAGCACCCGCGCGGCCUUGUGAGCUGAGUGAGCGUCUGAGCGACAGCUCGCGGCGGAUAAACAAACAAAGUAGUGGAGUAUCCGCGCGGAUGAUCUCACGCGUCACAAGCUGUGUGACGUCACCCGCCCCGCCUGAUAUACUGUACCUACUCACACCAGUACAUAUUGCCGACUAACUAGUUCUGACAACUGACCGAUUGCUUGCCGCUACUUACUACUCCAUACAUAUACCUAUUGAAAUACAUAUUAACAAGUAUAUACAAAUGGAAUUAAUUAAUUAUUUUUAUAAUUUUAAUUUAAUUAAACUUCACCAAGAAAUCAAGAACUCGAAUCGUAAAAAAAAUCUACCAAAGAACCCACAUUUGCUCGUAAACCUAUAUAGUUUGUAAGCCCUUCUAACUAAAUAAGUGAGUUUUUCAUUGGACAGUCCCCCAACGAUGAUUGGUCAAAUUAUUAUGCCUUGUCACUUCGUUGGUUAAGAUGUUUCACCUAGUACCUUGGCAGUUUUGUUUUGGCUAUGACGAUUUAGUACAGCCACAUACUUAAUGUAACUACUAAUCAUCAUCAGUAAAAAUAUUUGUCGAUUCGUGUAAGUUUUAGAGUGAAUGCUCGUAGUAUACAGCGGUGGUGGUGAGACGCGCACGUGAGAGCGGACGAGGCAUUAGUCCACGUCUCGCGGCGACGAUCAAUACGCUCACAUACUUUCGCGUGCAUCGCUGUUUAUUGACUGAUCAAAUACUUAAGUGUGCACUUGCACCGUCCUUUAUCUGGUUCAUAAGCACCGAGAAUAUCUAUCCACAUCCAAGUAAUGGGAUGCUUAAAACUUUGAGCGGCCAAUAUCUGCGAGGUUGCAAUAACGUAUUAAACGUGUGGUCGCGUUAUUAGCGGCAUGUGCGGCGUGUCGGCCGCGUGACGCGCACACGCUGCCUGGCUGCCGCGUGGACGACGCGUGGCCGCCGCCGCUCCGUCGGUCGGACGCAAUCUGCCCGCGCUAUAAACAUUUAUUUCACUAUAACAUCUUAUCGCUGCCGUUUCAUAUUAUCGGUCGGCUUUAUAUUAAAACUUAAGUAUGUAGUGCUCUUGUUUUGUCCCCUGACAUUCACCAGGCGACCAUUACUUUAAAUUUUUAAUAAAGUUAUAUGUUUGGAAAAAUGGCUCAAUCUGAAUGAGCCUCUCUAAACAAAGCAACAAAGUAACAAACACAUUAAAAGCCACCGCAUUUUACCGUGUUCCCUAACAUUCACAUGUGCAAAGGUUAAUAAAGAGCGCGUUACAUGCAUCCCAUGCCGCGGCUGUUUGUCAGAACACUGCGUUACAUUCAGAGCUUUUCAUUUCACUGAACAUACUGCUUCUUUUAUUGCCGGCCGGAGGUUAUUUGCUAAAAAUGUUGGCGAGCUUCGAACAAACAAACUACUACCUCAUAAUGAAAAUAUCCCCAGAGUUACAGAGUAGCAGUAAAUGAGUUACAGAGUAGAUGGAUAUAGCGCCAGACAUACGGACAGCUGCGAGCGGUUAGUAUGUAUGAGCUCGCACACGAUGCUGGCGGUGGGGCUGGCGCUGCUGCAGGCGGCGGCGUGCCUGGACGUGCGCGUGGAGGGCGACCUGGCGCUGGAGCUGCACCUCGCCAACGAGAGCCGCGGCCGCCCGCGCUGGUUCCGCGUCGGCUGGGAGGCGCCCGCCAGCCAGGCGCACGACCUCAAGCUCAAGCUGCUGCAGACCAACCUCAACAUGACUGCGGCGCCGGAGGUCGAGUGCCUCUACCAGUACCCCGAGAAGGAACAAGUCAACGCGCUGCUCAGCAACAUGAUGAACGAGCUCACUAAGGUGUUCGUACGAGCCAAUGACUUUAUAAACGGCGUGGAGACGCGGCGCAAGGGGGAGAGCCAGCAGGAAGAAGACAGUUCGAAGGGAGACAGCCACGAGGAAGAAGACAGUUCGAAGGGACAUUACAAGGGGGAAAAGCUAAAGGAAUACUCUAAAAAAGAAGUCACUCCAGAUAUGAAAAAAGGUGCGAAAAAGGGAGGCAAGAAAGAUGUUAUUAAAAACGAUGAGUCAAAAGAAAACGAGACGAGUGCAGUGACGCGUGCGGGGGACAGGCGGUUUAAGGUGGUCCACAAGAAGCAGAAAGAGUUUUUUGAGCUUAUCUACACCAACAUGACUGAAGAAUACAGGAAGUUCUCUGCGUGGGCGGCGGAGCGCGUGCAGCGCGCCGGGCGCGACGCGUGCGCGCACCAGGACGAGGUGAAGCAGCUGUGGCGCGAGCUGCUCGCGCACGCGCUGCGCACGCUGGGCGCGGCGGCGCGGCGCACGGUGGCGGCGCAGCUGCGCGCGCGCCCGCACGCGCCGGGGCUGCGCGCCAGGCUCGACCAGUUCCUGGACCACGACCUGGGCAAGGUGCGCGCCGCGCAGCUCGGCAUGCUCUGCGACACCUACCAGCUCUGCUACAACGAUCUGCUCUGAUAUUGCUACUGCUCUAAUACAUGUUUUUACUAGUAUUUAAUUAAAUAAUCACUUUUAAGAUCCCUCUCUCCUUUUAGCUGACCUCAAAUAAAAUUCGGAUCCUACAAUUAAUAAAAAUAUAGGAAUCCCACUGAACAUUAACAUGAAUACCAUUUUUUUUUAUAAUGAUCUCGAAAGCAAAACAUUUACAAAAACCUUUACCCUUAAUUUAUAAUUUAGGAGCUUUUCCAUUUCCUCAACGCAAGUAGCUAUACAUUUUCAAUAAUACCAACGUUAUAAUAAAUAAUAUCUAACGAUAUUUAAUUUCUUAUCUCACGAACUGGUUAAUAGCAUUUUUACAGAAAUUGGCGCACGUAGUAACAUUAAUUCGGCGGCAGGGCUCGGGUUCGCUUCCCGAGUAAUAAACAGUGAUGAAUCGCGUGACCGGCGCCACGCGGCCGACGCUACAGAAGGCCUCGCGCGUGCUCAGGCAGGGCCAGCGUCCAACUCACACAAUUGCCAGACAUAUUGUAUAGUCGUUCUUGUUGUAUCAUCUGCGUAUUUAACACCUAGUUUCUUGUUUUUCUUUAUGACAGAGAUUCGUACUGGAAUAUUCAGGACUGAAACAAGUUUAACUGUAGAUAAAUACUGAAGCGGUAGGUCCAACAGGACGACGAGCAUUCUGCAUGAAGUGGAUCUUCUGUAAGGAGUGGCGAGUGUUCAGCGUGGGCAGCGGUCGUGGCUCGUUAGGCAAAUGAUUAAUUUGUCGCAAGAAAUAGUGGCGCUUCACGGCAACUUAUUGCGGCACGACUGCCACGAGACGCCGCUAACGCUUUCAUUAUUACUACAUUCUCUGGGUUUUAUCUACACUAAUAUUAUAAAAAGUAGAGAUUUGAUGGUUUGUU